GCCACCUACAACUAGAACCCGGGUAGCGAAGCCCUAGAACCGGGGGCCGGGUUUCCGGCGCCGCCGCCGUGCAGGGGCGGGGCCACCCCCACGCUGAGGGGCGUGGCCCCAGUCGGCGCGGGAAAGGGCGGUGCGGUCCCGCGCAGGUCGCUCAGGCCAGGCAUGGCGGCGCUGGCGGCUGCUGGGAGCGGGGCUCCGGGAGAGGAGGAGACGCCCGGAGGGGAGGCAGCGGCUUCGCAGCCCCAAGCUCCGACGACUGCGCCCGGGGCUCGCCUGUCGAGGCUACCUCUGGCGAGAGUGAAGGCCUUGGUGAAAGCGGACCCUGACGUGACGCUGGCGGGACAGGAAGCCAUCUUUAUCCUGGCGCGUGCCGCGGAACUGUUCGUGGAGACCAUCGCAAAAGAUGCCUAUUGCUGUGCUCAACAAGGAAAGAGGAAAACCCUCCAGAGGAGAGAUUUGGAUAAUGCGAUAGAAGCUGUGGAUGAAUUUGCUUUUCUGGAAGGCACUUUGGAUUGAUGGUCAGCUGCGUGGUUUUGUGAGCCUUUGCUGCAUCCUUCAGCUCACUCCUCUGCAGGCCUCAGCUUUGAAGAAGAGUCUGCGUGUGCACAGUCUUCCUGUUCUACUCAAGUUGGGGAGAAGCAGAGGUCUCUGCUGAUGGCUUUCUCUACAAGAUCUUCCAUUGAGUAUGUCUUCCACUUCAGGCCUGGAUGUAGCUGCUGCUGCUUGGGGCAGAGAUGGAGAAACUGUUCUGCAUAGGUGGCUUAGUGGGUGAGGAAGACCAGAAUAAAGGUCUUUGGCCAACUUCA